GUCGAGUGUAGACAUGCCGGCCCAAAGCCCUCUAUAUGUUUCCCGGUGAAUACUUGGCCCAUCUAACUAGAAUCCGCUUCAGGAAUCGCCCGCUCCUCGGCUUCUCUACUCUGUAGCGAUGGCAAUGGAGGAAUCUCUUCGCAUUCAAACACUCGACCGAGUCCCGUCCGCCGAAGAGUUUGAAUUCCAGAUUGAACCGAAGAAUGUUCCAGCUGUUUUCCGAGGAUGCAUCAAGUACUGGAAGGCUUUAUCCAACUGGAAUCCCUCCAAUGGCGGCCUCUCUUACUUGCAGGAACGUGUUGGAUCAUCUGUUGUGGAAGUGAUGCUGUCCAGAUCUCCACCAGUCUUUUAUGGUGACAUUAGAAGUCACGAAAGGGUUCCAUUGCCAUUCUCAACCUUCAUUGGAUUUUGCAUGGAUCAUUUGCGCAAUAAAGAAGAUGAUCCUUGUCACUCUGAUAAGAAUAGGUUGGAAAUACCUGGCAGUGAGCAAACUGAUUGUGAUGUAAGAGAGGCUCAGCAAUUUUAUCUAGCUCAGGUUCCAAUACUGAAUGCUGAGAACGAAGAGGCCAUACAGUUGAAGUGUUUACUUGAAGACAUUGAUAUACCUGAGUUUUUGCAGACAAAAAGCAUCAGUUCCAUCAAUUUGUGGAUGAAUAGUGCUAAGACUAGAUCAAGCACUCACUAUGAUCCACACAACAAUCUUUUAUGCGUAGUUUCUGGAUGUAAACAAGUUAUCGAAUUGACUGACAAAGAAAUGAACCAAAGGCUGCUUCGACCUUCUCUAUCUGUGGUUAACCCUGCAGCCACCUCAUGUGACCAGCCAUCUAAUGCACCCAGAGAUGAUACUGAUCCUACUUUGGCCCUGAACUGUGGACAUGGCAGCUUGAAUGGAAAUGGACUAAAGCAAAAAAUUGUCUUGCAAGAUUUGGAGCCCCUGGAGCUCCAGUCUCUGCAUGAACUUGUUUCUUUAGUCCAUGACCAUGUCAACCAAAGACGACCUAUGGUUUGCAGCUCUACUAAAACUCACAAAGCUGAAACCAACAGCCAACGGGCUAUCGGAAAGGAGGAGUGCUCUAACUUUCUAGAAGAUAAAGUUGCGAAUCUUAUUUGCUCCCUUAAGCCACUCACUCUCAGGAGUGUUUUUCUUGCCAUGGCACAUAAUUUUCCAAGAACUUUGGAGGCUCUAGUGUUGCAUGCAUUGUCUCCUCUUGGAGCAGAAAUACUAACUCGUAAGCUUGAGGAGAUGGACCACCUUGUUGCCGAGGACGACCGGAACAAUUUCUACCAGAUUUUCUAUGGUGUGUUUGACGACCAAUUUGCUGCGAUGGAUGCGCUUUUAAACAAGAAAGAGUCAUUUGCAUGCCAGGCAUUCAAAUCUGUGCUUGAUCAGUAUUUGGGAGUUAAUUCUGAUGGGCCUAAACCACAAGUGUGAUGGGACUUCUACUGCUUCAUUCCAAUUUCUAUGCAUUAAAACAUGAAGGGAGAAGAAUAGGAAAACUCAAACAGCCACAGAAGGUUUGGUAAUUACUGGAAUUGGGAAGGGGACAAAUAAGAAAGGGAUAAAAAAGGUAAGACUGUGGGGUUGAGAUUCCCUGAUGAUAGAUGACAUCUACAAGCUUAAUGGAGAAGGCUAAAUUGCUAAAAUAGAUCUUUUGAAUUUAAGCUUCUUUUUCUUUAUGAUAAAAAGAUACAACUCUUUUUAGCCUAGCCAUUGAUAUAUAAAGGAGUAUGUAGAUAGUACUUUAAACCUGUAUCUUGCUAAUCUUUUCUAGUAAAAGAUUGGAUAUGCC